UAUUGUAGAAUCUCUGAUGAUAUUAAGAUAGAAUAUUGACACUUGAUUAAUUAUAAGUUAGCGUAAUACAGACGAACUUCUGCUUAUAAUAAAGAGGGUGUAAACAAUGGUUGAGAGAUCAUCAAGAUCGAGUUUUUAGGUUUCCCAAAAUGGUUGAUACCAACAAUAUAUUAGGGUCAUUUGACUCGAGUGAAGAAGGAGGGUUUAAGGAGCACGAUAAGUUUUUGCCAAUAGCUAACGUGGGACGAAUCAUGAAGCAUAUUCUUCCUCAAAACGCGAAGAUUUCAAAAGAGGGGAAAGAAACAAUGCAAGAAUGUGUGUCUGAGUUCAUAAGCUUUGUUACUAGUGAAGCAUCGGAGAAAUGUCACAAGGAGAAGAGGAAGACGUUGAACGGAGAUGAUAUUUGUUGGGCUAUGGCAAAUUUAGGGUUUGAUGAUUAUGUUGAGCCAUUGAAGAGGUAUUUGCAUAGGUAUAGAGAGUUAGAAGGUGAAAAAGCUAACCAAAAUAAGGUUGAUAUUGGGAACAAGAAUGAAGAAAGUCUCCUUGAAAGAUUUUAUGGUCCUUAAGAGAGUCUGGAGCGUAAAGGAUAACUAUCAAGUAGAGGUGACAGUUGGGACAGUUCAAUUCAUAAUUCAAAAAUUCAAAUCAGAUAUAUCCAAAAAGUUUGAAUUUCGAUUUGGAUUCAGGUUGGCUCGAAAUAGGUCCACCUCUAUACAUAAUACUUGAUUUUCAAAUUCUUUUUUUACUCUUGUUUUUAAUUUACAAAAAAAAAAUUUGUGUUUUCUUACUAGUGAUAAUUGUAUCGAGUUAUCUAAUAAUUUAUAAGUUUAAUUUGUGGAA